CCUUGGUUCUUGCAGUAUUAUGAUUUUUCCCCCCAUGUAGCAUUGGGGUAACAUGUUUCUCACUCUUCUUUGUUGCUAUAUAGGAACCAUGCCCAUCUAUUGGUGUUUAGCAGAUUGCAGUAAAAUGUGCUUGCGCAGUUGAUAGUUGUUUUUUUUUUCUGGAAAUUGAUAGCGUUUUGCUUGUUUUGUGAUCGUCGUAUAAGCAUUUCAGUUUUCCUUGUCAAUCCUUCACCCUCUUCUUUUGCCGCUUCACUGCCACAAGAGAAAGUUUUUUUAGAUUUCUACGGGUCUGUGCUGAUUACUACCAGGAGAAGGCUAACACUUAAUGAACUUUAUGAGAAUUUCAUGCUUUGUGUUUUAUCAUUUAUUUUUCUAUGUAUUAGGGUUUUAUACGCUGUGUGUGUUUAUCUCUUUUAUUAUUUGUCGCUAAUAUAAAAACUUGUGGUUGAUUAUGAAAAUUCGAUUUUUAUUUAUGGUUUCCUUUACUGCUUGGUUUGUUUCUAAUCGUGAAAGUUUUUUGAAAAUAUUCAGUUUGAAAACAUUGGAUGCGGUUUUGUUUCGUGUGGUUGAUUUUUUUGGGCAUCAAGCCAUAUGCGAAGAUCUCAUGCCAUGGCUAGAUAUUUGCUACCCUACUUGUCCCUUCUCUCCCUUACCCUCCUUGAUGAAUUCCUAUCAUUGUCAUCCUUCUAUAACAGGUCAUAUGCCAUAGCAAUCGAUAGGCUUCAAUUGAGUUGAUCUACAUUGGGAAUCAAGUUCAUAAAUCGAAGUAGACUCUUACCCCAUUUUUUUUUUAUAUGAGCUAGUCUCCAUAUUGUUUGGGCAUUGUAGUUUUAUUGGUAAUCCUAAUCUUUAUAGUGGAGCCUUUGGAGAUGUAAAGGUAAAAUUAAGAGGUUGCUUCAGCCUAGGGGUGCAUGACUACUGUGUGCUGAUUGCAGAUGUUAUCAUGGGGUAUGUACAUGAGUUGGUGACAAUCUGUAAGUUGGGAAGCAAGUUUUUAGAUUGAGUGACACUCUUAGAUGAGUUGGUUACAAUAUGCUUUAUUGAGGAUGAGGUUAAUGUUGUGGUCAUCUUAGUAACUAGCUCAUCUAACGAGGUGAAAUGAUUGUUGUUUUGCAGAACAUUAAAGUUCUUUGGAGUUAAUAUUACAAUGACUUUCCAUAUCAAGAUGACACUUGACUUGUUACAGCCAAUGGUCAUCUCCUCGCUCAGCUGCCGUAUUGCCUCGAUGAUCGCUUCUCACUUGAUCUCUUGUCAAAUCAAACCCUUCAAUAUCAACUCUUGCCGCAUCACAGAGGAGCUCUUGAAAGAGUUCACACAAUUUAUCUCAUUAUACCACUUCCUAUAUUACCUUUCCAAUAGUAUCUUAGUGAUGAGGAGGAUGAGGAUGACCAACAUUGUGGAGACAAAGAUGGUGUCUAUGACCAUCGAGUUUGACAUAGAAUGGUGAGGCUGCAUGGCAAGAGUAGCCCUUUGCAGAGCAUGCUAUUGGACAUAUAUGACUAUGACAACCCGCAGACUAGUUGUUGAUCCAAAUGACUCUCACGAGAGGUUGAGCAUAAUCAAUUUACUUUAUUUGGGGUUUAUAUCGGGUUUGAUCUGUGAUUAGUAAGUAAAUAGGUUGAAUGCUUUAAAUAAUUCUUUUGGAUGUGGACUUUGCAACUUAUCUGACCUGGCAUGGUGCCAGGUAGAUGUCACGUCAUAUGUUUAAUCACAAUAGGAUAAAUUUUUUAUGGAAGCUAUUUUUAAAUGCUAAAUAGUGUUUGCACUACAUUUGAUAACUUUUAGAACUUAUGCUAAAUUUAAGAAAACCCUAAACAUUAUGCUAGAUUCAUGUAUUAACCCUAAAAUUAUUGAUAAAUAGAAGCUCAUUAUAUAAAGUUUAGUUGAUUGUAAGGCCAUAUAGGUUUAGAAUUAUUGAGUUUGUAUUACAUAAGUAUCCUUUGUCACAUCAUGUGUUAUAAAUUCCUUUAGAUUUUGGACAAUAGUUUGGAAGGGUACACGCAUAAUGGUUUGGCUUGAGUUAAAGAAGAAUUUAAAGUUUUGUGAUCAGAGGUCACACUACCUCUUCUCCAAUUAGUUGCUUCUAUAAUAGCCAUUCCCCAACACCAAGUGUCACUUUACUUAAAUGAAAGAUAUGAAGGGAGGAUAAAUGAUGCAAAAAAUGAAUAUAACAAUAAGGAUGUGUAUGUCAUUUAUUAGUUUUAUUCUUCUCCCUCAAUUUUCAUCUGAGUAAAUGUAGCACAUUGUUGCUCCCUUUCUACAUGAAGACCUUUUUGUUGCCUUAUCAAUCGUCAUGGCAACAACUUAUCUUUAGCUCAAACUCGAUUGCUCGAGACUAGAUUCAAGAUGGAAACCAGUUUUGAUCCUGAUCUAAUUCAUGCAAUUUUCAAGUUGGUUUGGAGCAGCUCAGCCGAGCGGGAUGAAGAAACUGAAGCUGUUGAUGUUGAGGUUGGUGCUGGGGCAUCCAAGAAGAGUCGACCAACUACAGCUAAUCAUAGUGCUCUGAGCGUAAGCUGCGAACUUCUCCGGCUGUUCAUCACAGAGGCAAUUGAGCGCACUGCUAUAAUUGCUGAAGCAGAGGGUACAAAUAAAAUUGAACCUACUCAUUUGGAGAGAAUUCUCCCACAACUCCUGUUGGAUUUUUAAGGUAUUUUAAACUUGCACAGAAUCCUAAAUGAGCUAAUGUUGUGCUGCAUAAGGAACACAAUACGUAAACUCUGUAUGUUUAGGUUUCAGAUAUCAAAUGAAGUUUGUGAGGGAGCUUGUCAUGAGUUUGAUUUGAAAUUGAAGACUUGCAGUUGGCUGUUUUAUCUUCCUUUUAUUUAAGCUAUUUAUUGAUAUACUAUGACUUUAAAUAUUUAUAUAUUGUAAUUUUAAAUUUUAAAAUUUCUUUAUAAAAUUAUUAUUUAUAUGACUAUUUGCACCAUGAAAGGAAGGAGAAUAAGAAACUUGCCUAUAUGCUCAUCUAUGGUAUAUUAUUUCUCUUUAUUUUCCAAGAAAAAUUCAUAUAAGUGAAGGAAAGAGACUGUAUCAUGAUCACACUAGCCAAGUAAAAGAGCACU